AUUCUUUUCCCUGUCGUCAUUUUACUAUUCUUUUCUCUGGUUGUUAUAUGCGAUGAAUCCAUCUGCCACAUGAUUGCUUUUCGGCAGUCUCGCCAAACCAGGUCGCCAUUGUUGUAUAUAAAGCCUACUAUCCCCACCCAUAGACCUUCAUCUCCACCAUCGAUUUGAUUACCCACUCACCCAUCCUACCCUACGGCAAUGGAAAUGGAGGAUUGCAGUAGCAUUACCGAUGAAGUCGAUGCGCUGCAGGUGGAAGAAACCAGAGCUGGUGAAGAAGGCGAUCAACCAGAAGCAGCAUCCGAGGUCGCCGUAGUUACAAGACCAAGGUCCGAUGCUGAUACUGCUAACAACAAUGGCUACUUUGGGAGGCAUCGGAUGGCCGCCGCCCUCUCCGCUCUUCAGCUCCAAAUCCACUCCACCCAGGAGGAGCUGGAUCAGCUGGAAAGCGUCGGCGGAGCCUCUGCGGUCUGCACAGAAAUUGUGGCAAGUGUGGAAUCCAUCCCCGACCCCCUCCUCCCAUCGACCACAGGCCCUACGAGCGAGAGCUGGGAUCGCUGGUUUCGCGGAGCUCACCACCACAACUCGCGGCUCAGAUGGAUCUAACGACUCGCCUUCCCAUGCCACGACCCCUUCUCGCUGCAUUUUGUUGUCUUCUUAAUUUCGUCGCAGCUGCUGUAACCUGUCAACU